GAAAAAUAGGCGAGCCGAGCACAUAUAAGUUCACCAUACUCAACAAGAUCAGCGUGUAUAUUGAGCGAAGGACUGUCGGAUCCAAAUUCUCCGAAAGCCGUUAUGCAUCACAGCGAGCGGGACCCGAAUUAUGACAGCGAAGAAGGCGAGGAAUCCCCCUUGAUCCCAGAUCCGCCUGCUGCGGUCUCGCCCCCGACGCCUUCAGGAAAGCAGAUCCUCAAAGUCAUCUUGCUGUGCGCAUCGGCAACUCUGAUCCUUGAUAUUGGUCUCACGGUCGUGCUCGCCCCGAAAAUACGAUUGUUCGAGUCGAUUCUCUGCCAGGAGUACUAUCGGACCCAUAACCUCCAAGGGCUGAUACGAGAGAUUCCCGAAUCACAAUGUAAGACGAAGGAGAUCCAGUCUGCUAUAGCACGGUUGAUUGGCUGGCAGACGGUGUUCGACAGUCUUCCAGCGAUCUUUCUGGCAAUUCCUUAUGGAGCCUUGUCCGAUACCAGAGGCCGCCGGCCCGUGCUGUUGUUGUGCUUCCUGGGUCUGACUCUAUCGACUGCUUGGACUUUGCUUAUCUGCUGGCUGCAGUUGCCCCUGGAGCUAACGUGGAUCUCAUCUCUCUUUCAGUGUCUUGGGGGCGGUCCUGCGGUAGCAACCGCCAUCGUGGAGGCCACCAUCGCCGAUGUGGUGCCCGACGACAAGAGAUCUACCAUUUACUUCCAAUUGCAGGCUGCGGUAUUGAUAUCCGACAUCUUAGCCAAUCCCCUGUCGGCCAUUCUCAUGGCCCACAAUGUCUGGAUCCCCUGCUUCCUAGGCCUCAGCAUCCAGGGACUUGGCACUAUUCUAUUGAUGGCGCUUCCUGAAACUCUAAGCUUUGCUAAAGCUGUGUCGCCAUCUGCCGAGUCGGCCACUGAAUGCGAAGAAGGGGAGGAGCUGACGCUGUGCGGUCGCUUGGCGAAGAACUUCCGCAGCAUUGUCUCCGAUCGGAAUGUAGUGGGACUAGUGUUCGGUCUGCUCGUCCUGACUAUCAGUGCGGAGUCAGUGGAUUUCCUGCUCCAGUACGUUUCCAAACGAUACGGCUGGUCAAUUGCCAAGUCGGCUAUGCUCCUGUCGUUGCGGGCAGCAGUCGAAUUCGGGCUGCUUCUCCUUCUCGGGCCCCUGCUUCUGUUCCUUUCAUGGCCGAGUCUGCGCGAUCCGCAGCGGCGGGACCUCUGGGUCGCCCGGGUCAGUCUAGGGUUCAUCGUUUUAGGGUUCCUGAUCCUCUCGUUGUCUCCCACCGUGGCGCCUGCAAUCCUCGGAUUGAUCAUUUACACUCUGGGUGCUGGAUUCCAGCCGGCCGUUAUGAGCCUCCUGGCUUCUCUUUGGAAGGCGUCCAACCCCACCAACCUCGGCAGUCUGUACAGCACCGUGGCGAUCAUCUUGGCAGCCGGAGGCGUCAUCGCUGGCCCACUGCUCUCGCUCAUGUUUCAGAUCGGACUUCGUCUCGGAGAUGCAUGGGUCGGGCUCCCGUACUUUGUGUCUGCCUGCCUCUGCGCAGGGAUUGCUAUGGUGAUGCUGUCCGUCAGACUGCCAGGCAGACACAAUUCAUCCGAGCUGUGAAAUGCAGGUGGCGGCAAGGCGCUCAAGGCAGACGUGUUUUCGUUCAGGCCGGGCCGGGGUUCGAGUUGUCGAGUGCUGUUGGCUAUAAAGUCUGGAUGUUCGUGCUGUGCUCGAGGACGUGGUACCUAAAUUACUCUGAGUCUUGUGAUUUACUGCUAGUUACGACGCAACUUUCGGUUCUAGACUACACUACUAUCCUACUACUGAUAUCAAAUCACGAUAAAACUGACCACGUGUGGCAUUACAAAUACUCUGAUUAACAUUCACUUCUGGGGGGUUCGUCUCAUGUUGGUGACGAAAGGAAUCACCCGGGCAUUCUCAAGAUCCCAA